AAAACUACAAUACCUUUAAGUUUAUCAGUUCUUCCUCGUUUGGCCUAAAAGAGUGGCCCUGGCCACAGUGAAUCGACUCCUUUGGAGACCUCACCUCCUCGCUGGGAUUGCAGAAAAUUCGUGGCAGUUUACCCAGGCGGUGGGCACAUGAGGCACGCAUGAAAUUCCAAUAGCGCAGCGGAGCUGGUGCGUAGAAAAGCACAGGCUCCAAAGCAGGACAUGACGACACGCCAGGACGAUGAGAACGGGGGUGGUGUGACCGAGCCCGCCCCCUUUCGGGUCAUGCCCCACCCGGAGGAAGUGGCCAACUUCCUGGCACAACAGCAGCAUCAGCACCAAAACCAAAACCAAAACUACCUGAUCCACCAGCAGCAGCACGGACAGGCACCUGGGCCCAUGAUGUGGCCACCUCCGCCGCCGCAUUUGGCAGCCCCCCAGUUUCCGCCCCAUCUGCAGCAACAGCCCCACUUGUACAACGAGUAUCUCUACAACUUGGCCUAUUCGGGUCAGCCUGGCCAGCCAGAAAGCUACUCCGUGCUGCCUGUGGGGCACGGCAACUUUCUCAAGGUAUACCACUGCCCGGAGAACCCGGUCAGCGAGGGCAGCGCUCCACUCUUCACGCAUAUCAACAUGGUGAACCACCAUCAGAUACAGCAGCAACAGGCCGCGCCGUCGACCGCGCCACCCCUUUACGAACUGUUUGCCACGAAUCCUUUAACUUUGCCGCAAGCUCAGCAACAAGAGGCGCAUCAGCGCCAGUCUCAGCAGACGCAGUCUCAGCCGCCACCUGCUCCCCAGGCCAUUCACUCCCCGAGCAGUGCCAACCUGCUUAUUAACAACCUGGUGAACAACUGGUCGCCCAACCUGACUGGCGGGAGCUACAUACAAUUCGGGGACGAGGCUAACGAGAAUAACAACCACCAGACUGAGCCCCCGGCAGCCCAGCAGCUGCAGGCGUCCAAGCAGGUUCUGCAGAAUCCGCCGGAGCCACCGUCGCAAUCCGUCAGUCCACUGCCUUUGACCUCGAAACCAGCGAAACCCUUGAAGAUGCCUUUGGCCACUGCCACUGUCUCACCAACUGCCAUUAACAAGUCGAGCGUCGUGGUGGCUGGCCAACCUGAGGGCAAGAAACGCAUCGUAGCCGAGGUGAAGCCCAUGCCCAUGUCUUACUCCGAUGUGCUCAGCAAGGGCACCAAGUCGAGCGCCGCUGGGGGAGAGAUGCGCGCUGGCAACGGAGUCGACUAUAGCAGCCAACCGCUGCGGCGUCAAGGCAAGGAUGAUGGAAAUGGAAAUCGGGAAAUGCGCACGGCCAAGCGUUCGCCGAUGCACGAUGCCAAGGAAAUGGGUUCGGUGGCGGCUAGUGUUGGUCAUGCGCACGGCAGCCGAGGCAAGAAGCGAGGUCAAGCCAACCAGGCUGCGCCGCUGAAGCAGCAACAGGCCCAACCACUUCAGCCCACUCCACAGACGCAGAUCAAACCAAGCAAGCCUAGUAAUCAAGAGAAAAAGCGGCCGUUGCAGCCGAAGAACUUAAACAUCAACACCCUCAAGGCAUCGGAGCAAAAGACAACUUCCGCAUCGUUCCCCACAAUCAGCAGCUUGCAGAACCACAACAAUGACAGCAAUUCGACUACUGCCACCGGCUUUAGCACCUCAUCACGUAAAUCGGGUGGUACCAAAAUCAACUCGAAUGCAAGUCACUCGAAUCAAACUGGAGGAAACAAUCUGGGCAGCAGCAACAAUGCCAGCAUCAAUUACUCCAGCAAUAACAAUGUUAGUUCCUCUUCGUCCAAGCGGUAUUCCUCCUCGAAUGUAAAUCUUAACUCGAACUCCAGUUCUGGCUACUCCUACUCCUCGAAGCGCAAUCGAAGCAAUGCCUAUUCCUCGUCUAACUCGCCCUCACAUGCCAACAGUUUUUCCAGCAAUCGCAACUACGAGUUGGCUAAGCGAAUUCUGCACACUUGGUGGAUCUACACUCUGAAACUGCUAACCUGGCUGUUCUAUUUGGUCUAUGACAUCGUUGUGCUGGGCUUCAGUAUGGCCUAUGAGCGUAUGACACUGGCUUAUGUGGCCGGGUUGGCUUAUGCGCGUCAGCUACAUAAGGAACUCAAGCAGAACUCUGGCAAGCCGAGCAUCUGGUGGAGAAGUUACUGGCGUCGUUUCGACGCUCGCUUUGCCAAGAACUCCCGCUGGGCUGUAUGGCGACGUUUCUAUAAACGGAAACCCCCUGAACCCACAUCUGAGCAGUUCAAAACUGGCCGCUUGCCCCAAACGGGAGAAGAGGCAAUGUACUCGCUGCUGAAUUGCAAGGGAAAGGAUGCUUACAGCAUACUUGGUGUCCCACCAGAUAGCUCACAGGAGCAGAUCCGUAAGCAUUACAAGAAGAUUGCCGUGCUCGUACAUCCCGACAAAAACAAACAGGCCGGUGCUGAGGAAGCUUUUAAGGUGCUGCAGCGCGCCUUUGAGUUGAUCGGAGAACCGGAGAAUCGUCUUAUCUAUGACCAAAGCAUCGCUGAAACUCUGCACGCUGAGAAGGCGUGGACGGAGCUUCAUGACCUGCUUUCCCAACUGCAAACUAAAAUGGCUGAGGCAGCCAAUACUAUAAGAUGUAGCACCUGUGCGCAACGUCACCCUCGCAAGCUAACCGAACGUCCUCAUUAUGCUGCGCGGGAGUGCGCCUCCUGUAAAAUUCGACACUCCGCCAAAGAUGGCGACAUUUGGGCCGAGACCAGCAUGAUGGGUUUGCGGUGGAAAUAUUUGGCGCUAAUGGACGGCAAAGUCUAUGACAUAACCGAAUGGGCGAACUGCCAAAAGGGAGCUCUGUCACAUUUGGAACCAAACUCGCAUAUGGUGCAGUACCGCAUAGUGCGCGGUGCUCAGCAACAACAGCAACAGCAGCAGCAGCAACAACAUCACCAGCAACCGCAGCAACCACAUCACGAUAGGGGUGGUCACCAUCCAGGCGGAGGAGUCAGUGGGGUUAGCGAGGCUACAUUGCACGAGUUCUUAGACAAUUUGUAUAGCGGUCAGCAUCCAGGGGCGCCCAACGCCUUUGCCGGGAAUGCGCGACGCCGUACGCGACGAAACUAAGCAUUGCGAGCGUAGUUUUAAGUGUUUUAAAAUCUCUAAUCUACAGUUAUAAUCCAACACUUCGCCGUAUGUUGCUUGGUCCUUACUCACUACCAAAACAAAGCAAAUAAGCAGCAGUUGGGCACUCAUCUUCCCUGCUCUUAGCGCAUUGACAUGCAAUGCGAUUUCUAUCCAUCUCUAAUGUCAAGUUUAUAAGCCAUAUUGACCUUUACAAGUUGUAUAGUUUGAAUAUUGCUCUAAAGAAGAUCGUGAAAUUGUUUGAUUUGACACAUUGAAUUUUGUUUUAUCUUUUGAUUCUGCCUCCCGUUUAUGGUCAGCUUAUCGCGCUUAGCUAUUAGUAAAAACUUUAGUUUUAAGUUCUAACUUUACUAUCCCCGUCAAUUUCGAAUGCGAAUGCGACGGCACACAUGUAAAAUCUAACACAUCCAAUUUAAAAAACAUUAAUGUUAAUAAAACAAUAUUUAUCGCAUUAGCCGAA